CGCGUUUCGAUAUCGGUAAGUGUUCCUCUAGUUUCGACGGCCUAACUACUCGUUACAGACCACCACCGUCGUCCUUCACCGAGCCCUACGUCCAUCUCGACCAGUCGACAUCCCGGCAUCAGGACGAGCGCGCGUGUUUUGUUGGUGCUUGUCCUCGCCACGCACGCGUUCUUUCCGACAGCAGGGACACGCGAAUGCAUAUCAACUGAAGCAGGACAUCAUCCCUCACGACGAGACGCCAGCCUGAGCCGCGUCGCGACUCGGUGACGGGGAAUCACCGCCCUCAAGCCCAAUACUGCGAGCCUACGUCCCCAGCAACCCUCGAGCCUGGCGACUACCAGUCUUCUCCCCUCAUCAACCUCCGCCCUCAGCAAACCUCGACCCCUCUGUCCGCCCUCCAUCAUAUGCGGCUCACACCGUUCGCGCUGUCCCGCCGUCAAGCAUGGUCACCCCGUAUGUGUCCACUAUCACGCCGUCGAAGGCCUACCUCGCCCAUCCGCUCAACGCAUACGCGCACCCCAGCAUGCUGACGCCAUUCGUGCACUUGAUCGGGCCACCUCCCGACGUCGCGCUCGAUUCCCGUACCUCAGGCAACCUCGGCUCCUCGUUCGUAGUAGGUGCCGCACAAACGCCAUCCUCCGACACCGCUCUUCUGUUCCCCGUCCCCAUGCUCGCCGUCCUCUCCCUCGACGACCUCUCGCCCUAACGCUGCAGCCAUGGCGUCCGCAGUUGCUCGCCUCCGCCGCACGCAAGCACUCCCUCGCAUCCUCCUUCGCCGCGUCCUCGUCCAGCCGUGCCAUGACAUACCUCCCCACUGCCGCCAUGCCGUGAUGUCCGCCCUUUCUAGCGGCGACCCGCCGACUACAACAUCCGCCGACCGCAACAUU